UUCCACCAAUAUUCUCCGUCGCGGCAACGACCGUAGAGCCUCUCGUACUGGUGAAUUCUCACUAUAUAACAACAGCUUUGGAACAGCAUUCAUGUUGUACAGGAAUAACCAUUUUAGUGAAGCAAGUUUAUGAUGGUUGAAGAUGAUCUGAAGUGUGUGUUUUCUUUCAUUUAUUUGGAAUUAAUAUCUUGAAUUUGGCCGGAGGUGUUUAUCGGACAUCUAUUCUUUUUCCGUGGGGAGAUUCUCGUUUUUCAUCAACCUAGUGUAAUUCGAAACUCUUGGCCGAGAAAUUCGCGCCAUGACCUCUUCGCGGUGAUAUCCACAAGGGUUUCUUUUGGAGCGUGUGUUGCACCAGUUGAAGGAGAAUUCCAAGCCAGCAGUACCAGGGAUAGCUGUACUCAUCAUUUGCAGGGGGCUCUAAUUAUGACCAGAUCCUAGCUCUAAGUGACUGCAAACAAACCCAACAUGAAGUGCAGCAGUGUUGUCACAAUCCUUGUUCUCACAGUUAUCAUGGCUGUAUGUAUGUUUGGAGUUACUGCCAAGAAGAGGAAGAACAAGAAAGUUGGUCAGGCACCUCGCUGGAAGGGGCGCAAGUCAGAGGUCCCAGUGCACUCUGCCUUUGAAGAGAAGACACUCAAGUUGGACUGUGCUGCACGAGGGAAACCCAAGCCUAAAGUGACCUGGCACAAAGAUGGCACAAAGCUUACAUCUACUGAUCGCAUAACUAUAAAGAAGCAUUCACUUACGUUUGAGAAUCUCAAUGUGGCUGACAAAGGAAACUACACUUGUAGAGUGAAGAAUGAUCAUGGCAGCUUGGAGUAUACCUACAUAGUGAAUGUGGAUGUGAAGAUCCGCCCACUGAUAGUUGAGGGCCCAAUGAACCUGACAGUGCUGGAAGGGGAGACCGUCAAGUUCCGAUGCAGAGUCCUCAAUGACCCUGGUGCAACCAUCAGCUGGCUAAAACGCAAUGAGGAUGCCGACUCGAAAAUGGUGGACAAGAACCCAGAGUUCCUCAAGAAUGUAGGACCAGACCCAGAAGUCCUUGUGUUAACUAAUGUCACACACAAGGAUAGUGGGAAGUACGUGUGUCUAGCUGGCAACUUGUGGGGCAUCAAGUACAACAACGCCUGGCUCACGGUCAUUGCUUUAGGUAACAGUCCAUCCGUUUCUUUGGAACCAACCACAUCUACUACCACAACUACAACUACUACAAGCCCUACUACAACCACCACCACCACCACCACCACAACAACAACAACCACCACAACUACAACUACUACACCAACUACCUCACUGGCCCGAACGUUCAGACCAUUCUUUGGAACAGUUCAUCCAGUGUAUGUGGAGAGAUCAAGAACUACUCCAGGUUAUCCAAGAGUAAAGGAACCUCGCUCAACAAGAAAACCAAAAAAUCGUAAAAAUGGUCGACGGCGCAAUAAGGAUAGAAAAAAGAAUAAAAACAGGAAUAGAAACAUGGAGACCACAACAGCUGAAAUUAUGUACGAAAUUCCGACACGAGAUAUUGCUGAGGACAAUAGCUAUAGCCACAACGAAAACCCACGGCUCGCCACAGACUAUUAUCCUAAAAUGAGAGAUGAAGACAGCAAUACAGACAAGAACACAGUAAACGACACAUCAAAAGGGCUCCGUCCAGCCCAGGAAGGAGGCAUAGGACUGUGGACAAUUUACACGAUUGUUGGUGCUAUUGCAGGUAUCAUUCUCCUCUUUGGACUUAUCGCCAUCACUGUGGCCCUGUGCUGUCGACGGGAUAGCAAUGGCCUUUACAAAUCGACACCAGUGUGAACCCUGCUGGAGAAAUGAUAAUUACUGUAACCUGCCAGAACAUUUACUGAAGGUAAAUCAGUCUUUCGUGAGAACAGCGUGGAACGUGUAGGAUGAUCAUUUGUAGACAUAGGAACACAUUACCUCCACUUGCACGCUCAACAUCGUAACAUUCUUUCAAAUACAGCAUUAACCAUCACUUGAAAAUAUCUUGGAAUUUUUGUGUGUGUUUCUUUUUUCUAAAUUCCACACUAAUUGCUACUAUGUAGGAAACUAUGUUUCCAGAUUAAUUGAUGUCUGUGAAAUGUUCGUGGAUUCCCUGUUAGAGAAACAAACAGUGGCCAGUAAGGCAGUAGUGUUUGUCGUCCACAGAUGAAUACUUGGAUAGUGUUAUGUAAUGAAGUCAAGUCCUGUGGAUGGAAGGAUGACUAGAUGGGUGGAGAAGGCUGGGCAAACUCCAGUCAGGAUACUGCACCAGCUUCUUGUGCUCAUCAGUGGAAGGUGAUCAUUAGAUCUUGGGACAAGCUGAUGCUUUACAUUCCUUAUCAGGCAAAAAUGUCGAAACAAGGAAUAGCAGUUGUCUUAAGUUGACACUUCUGUGCAGCCAUACCCUUGCACUACUGUAGAGAGAAUUGGAUACUGAAUGAGCUGCAGGUGUAUGUGCAGGUGCACUUGUAGACUUAACUCCAAGAUGUUCAUAGUGAAAGGGAGACUAUUCUUGGUUUCUGUGGUGUUACAAGGAACUGUAAUAGGUAGAUGUUCCAGUAAAUACUCAUAGUCCUUGUGCCCGUCAUUAUACAUAGAUCAGCGUUUGUUGCCAUGACAACAUGUUUUGAUAUCCAUAAGAUGUUUCAGCUUAAGUAAUGAAAUGUACAAGAAAGGUAAUGAAUCAGACACACAUGGUCUACAUGUCUGCAAGUGAGCCCUUGGCAAACAGUGGAGAUUACUGUUACAUGUAGUUUUCACAAAGUUUUAUAGGUAGUUUCAUAUUAUAUUGAUGUUAUUUUGUACUGAUUGUAUGUUUUAUGUUGACAUUAGCCUUCAUGUGAUGUAUGUGUGUGUAUUUAUGUUCCUGUCUGGAGUUGAACAGCAGCACAAUGUCAUUACUCAUCUCUCGCAGCAGUAUUGCCAGUGUAAAGUCUUUAGUCACUCAAUAAAACCAGCCAAAUAUUUCUUGAAACUUUGAUUUUGAAGAUUUUGACAGAUGUCAGAAACCAUGUUUGAUGUUAUUGAAAGUUGAACAUACUGAUGAUCUGCAUGAUCCUAAUGGGAUUUUAAAGUAUCUUAUGGUAUUAAGCUGAAGAAGUGGGUUUUUUCAAAAUUGGAAAAUAUUCUUCAAUUCAGGACAUUUUUUAGAAUGAUCUUGAAAACCUUAUGUAUCAAAGAGCUGAUUUUAUUAGGAUAUCUGACACUUCACUGAUGAUUAGAUUCAAUGAUGGCAUUUAGAUAAAUAGUCACACUUUUUAUCUUAAUUUACCUACAGCCGAGUGAGCUGAGGUUCAAACCAAUGUAAAGAGUGGUUCGUUAAACAUCUCCUCAGGCACUACUAGACAGAUGAACUGGAAAUUCACAUACAUGUUCCAGUCAAUUAUUCACCAUGCUUUUAAAUUCUCUAAGAAUGAAUAAUUGGUUUAGUAAAUCUCUGACAAUGAAAACUAAACUUGGCAUGUGUGUUUCACCGAAUGAUGAUUUAAUUUAAUGUUCAUGCUCUUGUUUUAUGUUAAUCCUGUAUUUGUGGACAAUAAUUGAAUCUGACAGCAGGGUUGGUUAAAUUAUAUCUUACAUCCAGGUGAACUACAGCUGGUUCACACAAUUUCUUUUCUUGAAAGUCUUGUAGAAAACAUUAUCUGCUUUCAACUGAAGCUGUUGUUGACAAUGUGGGCAUAUGUAAUCUUGUCUAACUUAGAAAUUUCAAAACUACUGCAUUGGUAUCAUGUCAUCAUCUUGCAUCAAACAGACCACAUUUUACAAUAAACAGUCACGUGUUUAACUCAUCUAACUACAAUACAAGGGGAGGCUUACUGAGAAGAAUAUAUAUAGUACAGAGAUUGCAUGUAUUAGAUGCAAUAUCCCCCUUGCUUGCUUGCAGCAUUGAACCAACUCCACAACAUGCCAGUAUGUUGUUGCAGGCAUUGAAGUGACUCAUUACUGUAGAUGAGAAGUCACUGCCAACAGCCAUCCAUGAGGAUCAUAUUGGAUAGAUGCUCUGUCCUUCGCUAUUGUUAAGGUGGACAGCAGAGUUUAAGAUGGGAAGAUAAAAGCUUCAAAGAUGAUCCAACAUCAGGAAGGCAUCUGGCACUGAGGAAAUAGUGACACAAUAUGAGAUAAUGUUAUUGAUGAUAAUGACAUCACACAUUACAAGAGGUAUAUCUCUUCUGAGGAAUGAACUGAGCAUGACAAAGGUUUCAGCGCAGGGGGUUCCAAGACUUCUGAUCAGAAAUGGUUCAAGUUCAUUGGAACUAGACCUACCCACAGACCAAUUUUCAGCCCUAAAUCUUCUACUAAUAUCAUUAAAGGUUCCCAAAUUUAAAUUGAGCAUUGACCAGUUACCUCAAUAAUAGUUGUAACUGUGUUAUGGCUUUGUGGUGUUUGCUUGUAUUCACUGAUAACAGGAACAAUGAAGAGGAAGACGCUUCAGUGCUUAGCAGUAGUUUAACAGUCUUGCAUUGAACAAAAUAUAAAAUUCAAGGCAAAAAUGCCUCUGAAUUUAAGAAUAUAACUUUUAAUUGAAAAUAUCAAGGCUAAGUGUUGUGGAAAACUCAAUAACAGUAGUGAUUUUCCACCAGGGCAAUGCAGACAUUUGGGGACCUCGAAGGGAAUAUGUAGAAAAAUAUUUCGCAACCAACUCCAUCAACCAUCAUUGUUAGGCUCAGAUCUUUUCAACCACUGCUCAAAUGUACCUGUUGAGCAACAAUGCUUUGGUGGUAUUAUCAUUUUCACCCUGGCUAAGUCUCAGGUACAGAAUGAUUGAAUACACUAAAAUGUCACUGUGUCCUCAGUUACCUCCCUUCCCCAAGAAUACAUAUGAAACUAUCUAAUGCUCUACGUUAAACAGGAACAUGCUUUGCUGAAAGUUGAAACAUAUUCCUUUGAUAGAAACAUGCAUGUGUUAGAUGAGUUCUUGCAACUAAUAACGUACAGUUGGAAGUGUUAUGGUGGUAGAAAGCAUUUAAGUUUAACCUAAAUUAAAGGUAGGUUAUGAUUUGAACUUGUGUACCUCAUGUCUGUACAAGUCUCAUGUUUAUCAGUUACAAGCAUCAGUGGUGGAGAUGUGUCUGUUCAAAUCAGGACCCUUCUCUAUGGGGUCUCAGUACUCUCUUCAAUCUCACACCAGUUGAAAAUAGGCAAUGCCUUUUCAACAAGUCUAUUACAAGGACACUGUUACUUCGUGUGAUUGCAAUGUGUUGAAUAUUGUUUUGUUUCCCUAAUUUCUAGCAUAGCAGUUUUUCUUCAGAUAUUGUUAAUUAUUGUCUGUUUCAGUAUUUUAUUUGCAUAUUGUGCUUCAUCAUAUACACCAAUAUCUGUGACUUCAGUAUAUGCAGUGUCCAUGCAAAGAAGUGUAAGUCGGGAAUUAUUUUAGGUUUUCCCUAAUAUUUUUUUCUAUAUCAGAUAUUUCCAGAUGGUAUCGUUUAUUGGAUAUGUUUUGUGUCUUACCUGUAGAGUCUAGGGAAUGUGUUAAAGCACAUUUUUAGUCUUCUAUUAUUCUCGAAUUUGGGCUAAAUAAUAAUUCUGAAAGGUGUUCAAGCUUUUUCCAAAAUCAUUACAAGUUUAGGUUUUGAGUAAAAUAUUGUGAAUUACUGAUGUUUCAGAUGAACUUUACCACUGGGUCAUGUCAUUGUUCUGGACACUGGUGUUCAGAGGGAGUAUUUAUUGGAGUAUUAUAUCCAGUUAGUGUUUGUUCAUGUCACAGGCUUUGUAUUUUGUUUUGUGUUUUACAUCAAUCCUUUUAUUUUCCUAGAUAUUUUGUUGCAUAUUUUGUUUCUUUUGGAAACCUUUUUAUUAGAAAUUAUAUAGUGUGCAUUUGGCUUUAAAUGGAUAUAUUGGUCGCACUCAUAGUUGAUCCAUUCUUGUGUUCAUCCACAUCCUCAAAGAUUGUUAGAAAUGUUGAAGAACUUUUGUUUUUGUUUUGUAUGCUUUUCAUUGUGAAAUCCCCAGAAGUAAUAUAAAGUCAAGUUGUGUAGCUACAGACUUGUGCUGUUGUAUUGGAGAAGUAUAAUUACAGACACAGAACAACACAUCUCAUAUUCCUUGAUGUUGUUUUGUUGUCUUAAAGCAGUCAUCAUCUAGUAGUUGUCUGUGCAUAAUACAUAUCAAAUCUACUUCAUCUUUUAAACAUGUACCAAACAUGAUAACAUAUCCGCCUAUUUGAAUACAUUUUGUUUGAGGCAAAGUACAUUUGCAAAUUUAGGUGAACAUUUUGAUGUUGUUUUGUCCCUGACUGCUGCUAGGGUGGGACAGUGUUACCUUCAUCUAUGUGGGUACUGUCCCUGCAUGUACAGGUGGUAGCUGGAACACAUACACACCCAGUAAUUUAGUGCCAAUACUCUCUAGUUUGUGCUAUGUCUACCCUGUGUCGUAAUAUGCUAUCAAUCAUGAAUAAAAAGUUUUCAUCUUU